UCCAUCACCUACUCUAGAGUCGUCUCCUCUUGAUUCUCAUAUAUCAGACGACGUUGCUGGAAUGAUCGCUAUAGUAUCAUUCAGCACAUUAAGUAACAUCGCAUGCGUAUCGACGUUCGCAUGGAUAUAUUUCCAUAGAUACGAUUACAAGGGGACCACGAUCACACCUCUAGUACUGAAUUUGCUGAUGGCUGACUUUCUACAAAGCAUUGGAUUUAUGUUAAGUUCUCACUGGAUAGUCAUCGGCAAAAUAGUACCAGGCGCACUGUGUAGUUUUCAGGGCAUCAUUAUCAACAUUGGUGAUGUUGCUUCUGGUUUCUGGGCACUAGCAAUAUGUGUUCAAACUUUUAUAUAUGUCGUCGCCAACCUUGACUACUCCAAAUUUGCCAUCAUCAGCAUGAUUAUAAUCUGGCCUUGUAACAUCUUCCUCGCAACUGCCGGCCUAUUCAUUUCCACUCCUUCCGAACCAUUCUAUAAUAGCGCUGGUGGCGCAUGGUGUUGGAUCUCAACAAAAUAUUCGAUAUACAGGAUCACGUUCCAUUAUGGCAUCAUACUCUGUGUGGCAGCAUUGAUGUUUGUUUUAUAUGCAAUAAUAUAUGCGAGCUUGUUCUGGAGACGAAGAGUCUUGUCACAAACAAUCGGAAGACAGAACGCACCAUUGGGUUUAAAGAACGUUGCAAACAAAUUG